AUGCAUGAACUUGCGUGUAAUCAACGACGUUCUUAUUCUGUACUGAUGAAAUCAUCACCUUUACACAAGGAUUUCACUGAUCAUAGUUCGGUCGGAACCGUUUCAACCUAUAGUAUGUGGUCAACUUCGAGUAAGCGAAGUAUGUCAACAAUGUAUAUCGACGGCACGAUGAUCCAGGGUCAUCAUAAUCGGCCAUGUAGCGGGCAAGGUCCAUUUCCCAAAGGAAAGCACCGGCCACGAUCAGUCAACGUAGCAGAAAAGAGAUUAGAUACAGGUAAUGCAUCCUUUGCUCUACUACCGGCAUCAUUUAUAACCAAAAGUUCAUCUGAGCGUGUUGUUGAAUCUCCCCAAACACCAAGUCUUUUCAAUAGACGUUCGUUGAACUCAAGUCGUUUUGAUAAUCGAAGUGAAGCGAAAUGUUCAACACCUUCGACGACACCCUAUUCGAACGGUGGUUGGGUACGACGCCAUAAAUCAUUGAAUGAGUCACUUAAGCUGAGUGAUCUACUGCGUGAUCCUACUUAUCGCGAGAAACUCCUACUGAGAAAAUAAACACAGAAUAAUCAUGAAACACACGAUGUUGAAACGGAAGACGAUGAGAACAAUGGACAGGACAUGACUGGUCGAAUUAUUGCCGAUCAUUAUCAAAUCAAACAGAAAUUAGGUGCUGGAUCGUUCGGACAAGUUUAUCUUUGUGAACAUAUACAUUCUCAUGAACAGUGGGCUAUGAAAGUUGAACAACACAAUGCAAAUAAUAAUCCUCAACUAAUGAUUGAACAUAAAAUCUAUACGAUACUUCAAGGUGCGCCAGGUUUUCCGAACAUCGAUUACUAUGGUAGUGAGAAAACAUUCGAUAUCCUUGUGAUUGAAUUGCUAGGACCAUCAUUGGAAGAUUUAUUUAAUUAUUGCGAGCGAACAUUUACUUUGAAAACAGCAUUGAUGCUUGUCGAUCAAAUGAUUUCAAGAAUUGAAUAUGUACAUGUAUGUCACCUCGUUCAUCGAGAUAUCAAACCAGACAAUUUUCUAAUGGGUGUGAAAGCGACUGGUAAUACUGUCUAUAUCAUCGAUUUUGGUCUUUCGAAAAAAUAUCGAGAUCCUCGAACAUUCGCACAUAUACCUUGUAAAAGUAAUAAGAGUCUCACAGGUACUGCCCGGUAUGCAUCUAUUAAUGCUCAUAAAGGACUGGAACAAUCGCGUCGUGAUGAUUUAGAAGCGAUUAGUUAUGUUUUCAUGUAUUUCAUUACGGGUAAAUUACCAUGGCAAGGUUUACAAGCGACAGCGAAAAAAGCGAAAUUUGAACGUAUUGCUGAAAUGAAGAUGAAAUUCACGCCUGAACGACUGUGUAAAAACUAUCCUAAAGAGUGCGUUUUAUUUCUGAAGUACUGUCGAACGUUAGAAUACGAUCAUCGACCUGAUUAUGAUUAUCUACGACAUCUCGUUCGCUAUUUGCUGUAUGACAAAGGCGAGCAGUAUGAUUAUGAUUACGAUUGGAUUGUGUCAUAUACGCAAAAACAGAACGUUUUAAUAAGUAAUAGUAGUCCCGGUGAAGGCGAAAUGUCUGUUAUGUUCGAACAAUAA